AAACUUUGAUAAACCACUCACAGACGGCUUGGAUGUCUUGUCAGAAGCCCGUUUCAACGCCACCCACGGCCCGGGAAAUUUGCCCCAAUGGCUGACACGCAAUGGUCCAGGACGUCUAAACCCCAAAUGCAACCAGUUGCAAGGCUAUCCAAAUCCAAACAUCAUGGAAUCCAUCCUUGCAGUGCGUGCCCUGCCACUUCCAAAAUGCGAAUUGCCUGUCCACCGCCAGAACCAAGAUUUCGUGCUCGUUUCCAAUUCCUGAACUCAUCAAUGCUUCAUGUUCCCGCGACCAUCUCUUCUCUUCAGCGUGUACAUAAUUUCUUUUCUUCACGACACUCAAUUGACCGUUCUGCCAUGUUAAACUUCUCCGCUUCGGUGCAUUCUUGGCGAUAACGGCACGAGACGAGAAACGAAACCCACGGACACGAACCAUGGGCGAUAGAUCUGAGAGCAAUGCCUCUGCGGCCUCCAAAUCCUCGGUGACUUCGACGACAUCGACGACAUCGACCGUCAUACCGACUGCUGCGAUCAAAUAUACCCAUCAAGCAGAGAAAUUGUCCUUUGUGAAGCCAGAGAAAGAUGAAGAUGGUUCGGGGACAGCGAUUCGCGCCGACUACAUCACCCCGCAAGAUCCAGUCAUUGUCACAGGAGAUGGAAGCAGAUUGCCUGGUGUACCGCUGUCAGAAGCCGAGAAGCUCAAUCGACUGAAAGAAGACAUCGAAGGCAAUCCCUCAGAUGUGAUUGAGGAGGCCUCUGGGCUCGAGCGGCCAGAACCCGAGCACAGCACACCAUCUCCCCAAAAUGGGACAACAAUACAGAAAUCCGGCGAAGGGUCUCUUCGCAGAGCAAUGCCGCCUUCACGAACGAAUCCUCUAUUUCCUCCUUUACCGUUGUACGGACCUUCGUCCUUGACGCGGGAUCUGCAAUGCCUUACAUUUCGCACAACUUCGUGGUUCUGUUCUUUGACUUUCUUAGGGAUCGUGGUGUUAGGAGCGAUUUUUACAAGUAUACCGACAAUGUUUAAUCACAUCUGGCUACGAGUCACAUUUCGGAACCCAGAUGCCAGACGGCCGUUUUACGAGGAAGAGAAGCGGUUGAAGAGACUUCGGAAAGAGGAAGCCAGAGCUUGGAAAAAGGAGCGUUCGAGGAGAAACUCGAGAGUAAAGAUGGAUGACACAGAAGACGAAGCAGCACACGCAGAAUUUAUACCUACAGAAGGUGGUCCAGAUCCCCUCGUCUGCGACGUAGGCUACUACGCCCGGCGAGUCGGUCUCGACAUGGAAGAAUUCAAAGUCCAAACCGAAGACGGCUUCGUCAUAACCCUCUGGCACAUCUACAACCCGCUCGAAUUCACACCCAUGACGCCCCAACAACGCUCUGCCCGCGGUCCCGACAUCUUCACCGACGCAGGCCCCUCUCGACCCUCCGAACGCUCCAACAAGAAACCCAAAUUCCCCAUCCUGAUGCUGCACGGCCUGCUGCAGUCCGCAGGCGCAUACUGCACCAACGACGACGCCUCCCUCGCCUUCUACCUCUGCAAAUCCGGCUACGACGUCUGGCUCGGCAACAACCGCUGCGGCUUCACCCCCGAACACACCUUACUCUCCUACUCGGACCCGCGCAUGUGGGCCUGGAACAUCCGGCAAAUGGGCGUAAUGGACCUGCCCGCGCUCACCUCACGGGUACUCUCAGAAACCGGGUUCGAGAAACUCGGUCUGAUAGCCCAUUCCCAAGGAACCACGCAAACGCUGGUAGCACUGGCAAAAGAACAGCGUCCUGAUCUCGGCAGCAAGAUUACCGUCUUCUGUGCCCUGGCCCCGGCCGCCUACGCGGGCCCGCUGAUCGGGAAAGCGUAUUUCAAGUUCAUGCGUAUCAUCUCUCCAGCUCUCUUCCGCAUCAUUUUCGGGAUUCACGCGUUUAUCCCCUUCAUGAUGCUCAUGCUUAAAUACCUGCCGGCCAAACCGUACGGCGGGAUGGGAUACAUGGUGUUUCAUUUCCUGUUUAAUUGGAGCGACGAGCGCUGGGAUCGCGGGGUCAGGGAUCGCUGUUUUCAGUUCGCGCCCGUGUAUGUGAGUGCGGAGAGCAUGCGGUGGUGGUUGGGACGUGAGUGUUUCGCUAGGCAGAAGUGUAUCCUUGCUACGAGGGAGGAGGGCAUGAAUGAGGAGAAGGAGGAUGCGGAGAUGGAGGCGUAUUAUGCGAAGCAGAAUAAGAAUAGAGAUAAAAAUAGUGGGAGAGAGAGGAGGAUGAGUGAGGUGAAGAAGAAAACUACGCAUGCGAGGGUUCCGAAAGGUUCGACGAGUUGGUAUGAUGAGCAGGUGCCACCGUUCGCGCUGUGGGUUUGUGGUAGCGAUGAUCUGGUCGAUGGGCAGAAAUUAUUAAGAAGGUUUGAGAGGGGGCGGGAGCCGCAUGUGAGGGUGGUGCAUAGUAAGGUUAUUGAGGAGUAUGAGCAUCUGGAUGUGAUAUGGGCAAUGGAUAGUAUUGAGAAGGUGGGAAGGGAGGUGAAGGAGGUGUUGUGGAAGACGUGUGAUGUUAGAGAUAGGGUGAGGGUUCCGAGGGGCUGUGAGGAUGUUGAGGCGUGGGUAGAUCCGAAGGGGAGGGAGGGGGAGAAGGGUGCGAUGGAGUAUGAGGAGGGGGUUAUGAGGAAGGAGGAUGAUGGUGGGGAUCAGAGUUCUAGUUCUGAUAAUUAGAGGAGGGAGGCGGCGUUUGGGUAGGAGUUUGGAUAUAGUAUACAGAUAAAAGUACAUAGAGGGUAAGAUAGAACCCCUUGUUAAUAUGAGAAACGAAUAUACAAAGUUACUGCAGUUAUACAUUCUUUGCAAAUAGCUUUACCCGUCCCCAGUGGGCCUUUGGUGCUAUUUAUUGCUUCCUCGACCAU